GAAAAAGAGAGUUAAGAGGAGAGAGAGAAGGAGUUGUUAAUAUAAGUGACUGGGGGAAUUGUUCUGAACCUGAAGUGACUACAGUGAAGUGACUACAGUGAAGUGACUACAGUGAAGUGACUACCAGGGAAGUGACUACAGUGAAGUGACUACCAGGGAAGCUUAAAAAGAGAGAGGGUGAAAUUGUGGGCGCUGUGUGUGUGUGUGUGUGUGUGUGCGGGACGAGACCAUGCUCAGGUGUGAGGGAGGGGCAGGGCUGCGGAGGUGGCUGACCCUGGUCACAGGGCUGCUGGAGUGCCUUUGUUUUGCUGGGGCCGUGUUCGGCUGGGCCUCCCUGGUGUUCGUCCUGAAGACAGAAGGCUACUUCAGCUACCUGUGUGUCAACAUCCCCGGGGUCAAUGGAAUGCAAUUCCUAGACUGCAGUGGUCAGGAUGAACAGUUCUCCCUCAUCUUCACCAUCGCUUCCUUCAUGACCAACUUUCUACUGCUGCCCAAUGGCUUCCUGUUCGACCGUUUUGGCACCAUGGCAGUCAGGCUGCUGGGAAUAUCACUGUACACCACUGGUGCCUUGCUUGUGGCCUUUUCAAGUUCAGCUCUGUCCUCUCUCCUCUUCCCGGCCCUGUCCUUCAUCGCUGUGGGAGGCAUAUUGUUUCUGGUCACCAACAUGCAGAUAGGCAACCUGUUUGGUUCCACUCGCUCCACCAUCAUCACCCUUUACAAUGGUGCCUUCGACUCCUCCUCCGCCCUCUUCCUCAUCAUCAAGCUGCUAUUUGAGGUUGGGAUCUCUCUACGUGCCUCUUUUCUCUUCCUGGCUGCGUAUGGCAUCAUCCACCUGGCCAGGACCUUCCUCCUUCUACCCAGAACACACAUCCCCUACCCCCUCCCUGAGGGCUACACCUACGGGAUGAAGAGCCGUGGCCAGGCCAAGACCUUCAGCUCAGAACAGGCAGCAGCCAACGGCAACAUGCAGAGGGAUGAUGUCACGGAGGAAAUGCCUUUUAACAAGGAGAGCGCAGAGAAAGUGGCUACUUUCUGGGAGUGUUUCCUGUCCAAGUUCUUCCUCUGGCACCUGGUGUGGCUUUCUGUCAUGCAGCUGAGGCAUUACCUGUUCAUCGGCACCCUCAACCCCAUGCUGCAGAGACUGACCCAGGGAGAACCCUCUCUGGUGAGCACGUACACCAAUGCGUUUGCUGUGACCCAGCUGUGUGGGGUGCUGUGUGCCCCCUGGAAUGGCCUCAUCAUGGACCGACACAAGGGCAAGCCCAGGACCCCCGGAGUGAGUGAGAAGGAGGCAGACCUGCGUGCGUCGGUGCUCUCCCUGACCCUGACGGCGCUGCAGUGUGUCCUGUUCUCCAUCUGUGCCUCCACCCCCUUCCUCCCCCUCCAGUACCUCACCUUCAUCCUGCAGGUCCUCAACCGAUCCUUCCUCUACGGAGGCCAUGCAGCCUUCAUCAGCAUUGUUUUUCCUCCCUGUCACUUUGGGAAGCUGUAUGGUAUGGCCAUGGCCCUGUCUGCAGUGGUUUCUCUGCUGCAGUACCCCUGCUUUAUCCUGGUCAAAGGAGUGCUGGGAGGAGACCCACUAUACGUGAACAUAGCUCUGACGUUACUCAGCCUGCUGGCCUUCAUCCAUCCUGCCUGUGUCUAUCUGCAUUGUCGUGGCCUGGCUGCCCGGAGGGGUAAACCCAAGGACUCACCUUCCUCUUAGACCAGCUCUAAAAAUACUUUCAAAUGGUCAUUUCAGCCCUCACUACUAAAGGACACCUUUAAUAAAGGACACCAAUAAGAAGAAGAGACUUGCUUGGGCCAAGAAACAUGAGCAAUGGACAUUAGACCGGUAGAAAUGUGUCCUUUGGUCUGGAGUCCAAAUUGUAGAUGUUUGGUUCCAACCGCUGUGACUUUGUGAGACGCAGAGUAGGUGAACGGAUGAUCCCUGCAUGUGUAUUUCCCAUCGUAAAGCACGGAGAAGGAUGUGUUCUGGUGUGGGGGGGCUUUUCAAGGCACACUUAACCAACAUGGCUACCACAGCAUUCUGCAGCGAUACCCCAUCCCAUCUGCUUUGAGCUUAGUGGGACUAUUUUUUUAUUUUUAACAGGACAAUGACCCAACACACCUCCAGGCUGUGUAAGAGCUAUUUUACAAAGGAGAGUGAUGGAGUGCUGCAUCAGAUGACCUGGCCUCCACAACCCCUCGACCUCAACCAAAUUGAGAUGGUUAGGGAUGAGUCGGACCGCAGAGUGAAGGAAAAGCAGCCAACAAGUGCUCAGCAUAUGUGGGUACUCCAUCACCACUGGAAAAGCAUUCCAGGUGAAGCUGGUUGAGAGAAUGCCAAGAGUGUGCAAAGCUGUCAUCAAGGCAAAGGGUGGCUAUUUGAAGAAUCUCAAAUAGAACAUAUAUUUUGAUUUGUUUAACCCUUUUUUGGUUACCACAUGAUUCCAUGUGUUGUUUUCACUAUUAUUCUGCAAUGUAGAAAACAGUAAAAAAAUAAAAACCCUUUAAUGAGUAGGUGUUCUAAAACUUUUGACCGGUAGUGUAUUUUUAUACCAUCUAUUGCAUCUUGCCUAUGCCACUCAGUCAUUGCUCAUCCAUAUAUUUAUACUACAGUGGCAAGAAAAAGUAUGUGAACCCUUUGGAAUUACCUGGAUUCUGCAUAAAUUGGUCAUAAAAUGUGAUCUUCAUCUAAGUCACGACAAUGGACAAACACAGUCUGCUUAAACUAAUAACACAAACAAUUAUAUGUUUUUAUUGAGCACACCGUGCAGGGUGGGAAAAGUGUGUGAACCCUUGGAUUUAAUAACUGGUUGACCCUCCUUUGGCAGCAAUAACCUCAACCAAACGUUUUCUGUAGUUGCAGAUCAGACUUGCACAACGGUCAGGAGGAAUUUUGGAUCAUUCCUCUUUACAAAACUGUUUCAGUUCAGCAAUAUUCUUGGAAUGUCUGGUGUGAACCGCUCUCGAGGUCAUGCCACAGCAUCUCAAAUCGGGUUGAGGUCAGGACUUGGACUGGGCCACUCCAGAAGGCAUAUUUUCUUCUGUUGAAGCCAUUCUGUUGUUGAUUUAUUUCUGUGUUUUGGGCCGUUGUCCUGUUGCAUCACCCAACUUCUGUUGAGCUUCAAUUGGCGGACAGAUAGCCUUACAUUCUCCUGCAAAAUGUCUUGAUAAACUUGGGAAUUCAUUUUUCCGUCGAUGAUGUCAAACUGUCCAGGCCCUGAGGCAGCACCAAACCAUGAUGCUCCCUCCACCAUACUUUGGGAUGAGGUUUUGAUGUUGGUGUGCUGUGCCUUUUUUUCUCCACACAUAGUGUUGUGUGUUCCUUCCAAACAACUCAACUGUAGUUGCAUCUGUCCACAGAAUAUUUUGCCAGUAGUGCUGUGGAACAUCCAGGUGCUCUUUUGCGAACUUCAAACGUGCAGCAAUGUUUUUUUUGGACAGCAGUGGCUUCUUCUGUGGUGUCCUCCCAUGAACACUAUUCUUAUUUAGUGGUUUACCUAUUGUAGAUGUUAGCAUGUUCCAGAGGUUUCUGUAAGUCCUUAGCUGACACUCUAGGAUUCAUCUUAACCUCAUUGAGCAUUCUGCACUGUGCUCUUGCAGUCAUCUUUGCAGGAUGGCCAGUCAUUUACAUUACAUUACAUUUAAGUCAUUUAGCAGACGCUCUUAUCCAGAGCGACUUACAAAUUGGUGCUUUCACCUUAUGACAUCCAGUGGAACAGCCACUUUACAAUAGUGCAUCUAAGUCUU